CAGCAGCACUGUUUGAGCACCACAAAGCAAAACCAGCAGGGACUACAUCAAGGAACAAUUGGAGACUUCUAAAUCUUAACUUUUUUUUUUUCUUUCUUCUAGUUUCUCAUACAUUUGUCUUUUCAAGUCAACUGAUGGCCAAUGCAGGUAUUCAGCUUGUUGGCUUUGCGCUGGCCUUCUUGGGCUUCAUCGGCUCAAUAGCAUCCACAGUCAUGGUGGAGUGGAAAGCUUCUUCGUAUGCAGGAGACAACAUCAUCACAGCUCAGGCUCUGUAUGAAGGCCUGUGGAAGAGCUGUGUAUCACAGAGCACUGGGCAGGUUCAGUGUAAAGUUUAUGAUUCACUUCUGCAGUUGCCAGGGAUCGUGCUGGGCACUCGAGGGCUGAUGCUCAGCUCCAUCGUGCUCUGCUUAAUUUCCAUCCUGGUGGCGGCUGUGGGCAUGAGGUGCACCACCUGUAUGGCAGACGCACCCGAGCAGAAGGACAAAGUGGCCCUAACCGCAGGGAUCAUCUUCAUUAUUGCUGGUCUUCUUACUCUGGUAGGAACGUGUUGGUACGGACACAGAAUAGCCAAAGAAUUCUACGACCCCUUCACUCCCACUAACUCCAGGUAUGAGUUUGGAAGUGCUCUGUAUGUUGGAUGGGGAUCUGCCUUCCUCAUCAUGAUAGGAGGGAGCUUCUUCUGCUGCAACUGCUCUAGUAAGAGCUCAGGGAAAUCCCAGCGCUACCCUCCAUCCCGCUCUGCAGACCAGCCGGGCAGAGACUACGUCUAAAGAUAAUAUCUCCGUCCUGCUCAAGGUCAAACACUGUCUUUUUCAUGGGAAUAUGUAAAACUGUCAUUUACAUUUGUUUUAUUUUUUGCAAGGUGUAAAUCUGAAGGUGUUAUAUUUGGUAUACGUUUGUAUUUGUCGGGAUGCGCACUCCAUUCAUAGAGUCAGCAGGCGACAAUCCCUCAGAUUUGUUGUUGCAGAGAUGUACUGAGACCGGGAAACUCCGGUUCAACACUUGAAAUCAAACGUUUUAAAGUGAAAAUAUAGAUGCUCAGAAUAUUUAAUGGCAUUUUCUGGGCUUUAGUUUGACCCAACAAUCUUUAUGUAACAACUUUGAUCUCUUCAGUAUGGAUCUGAA